CAUAUGCUUAGUUUGGUAUAAGUUGCAGCUGAAAAUAAUAUACUUUUUCGUAAAUUCAACGUUCGGUCACGCUGAACAGCAGGGAGAGACGAAAACAGACGUCAUUAGAGAGGUUUUCUAAAUUAAGGCACAUAAUUUGUCUUCUAUCAAGCUUGAAACAUGCGUCUAACCUCGAUCCUGAACGGUGCCCAUUUCGGCAACCUUGCCAAGGUCCACGGCAUUGUGACCUACAAGCUGUCUCCCUUUGAGCAGCGCGCCUUCGCCGGUGCCAUCAGCAAGGGUCUGCCCAAUAUUGUGCGUCGCAUCCGCUCCAACAUCUUCAGAGUGACACCACCCUUCAUUCUUGGAUAUCUGAUCUACGAUCUGACCGAGCGCAAACACGCUGCUUUGCUGCGCAAGAACCCCGCUGAUUACGCAAAUGACGAAUAAACAAAAGGAGUUUUAUAGUCGGCGCCUCAUUAGCAAAUAGUGAUGUUAAGCUAAUUAAUAAACGAACCCCACAGUUCAA